CACCCAUCCCACAAUGUAGAUCUUUGCUGGUAUCUUUUCCUGAAAUUUGUCCUAUUGGUUUUGUUUGCUGGUUUUGACAACUUAUUCUAUUUCUCACAACCAUUUUAAAUUUUGGUCCUGUUUUCCUAGGUACCCUCGACUCCCCUCCCUCCCGGGCAUCAUCUGUAGUUUCUGUGCAUUGUACAUACCAUCAGUGAAAAUACUGGUGCAGAACAGGCCUCUGUGAGACCCCAGUAAAAGUAUCCUCGCACCUUAACAGCAAACCCUUGAUAACUUAAGUGCAACGGGUGCACAAGUUGUUGAAAAUCCUCAGUCCAUCAGUGAUUUCAUUGAUACCUAGCUUGUUCGUGGGGAUGGCACAGAAAACCUUACUGAGGUCAAAAGAUGUCACGUCUGCUGCUUCCCUCUUAUCUGCAAACCCUAUCAAAGGAGGAAAUUAGAUUGGUUUGACGUGAUUUAUUCCUGGUGGUUUCUUAUCGGCUGUUAUUCUCCAGACUCUAAGGCCAAAGGGGAAGUGGUUCACCCAAGGUCACACAGCAGAGCAGUGUCAGAGCCAGCCACUGCACUCGGGGAUCAUUCAAGUUCUGGCCCCAGCACUGGACUACGCUGCAUCUAAGAUUUGAAAAUGCCUCUAUCAGCCUGGUCCAACUUGCUUCUCCUCCUUCCUUGCAUUGGUACGACCAAGACCUGCUAUCCAGGAUGCCACUGUGAGGUGGAGAGUUUUGGGCUCUUUGACAGCUUCAGCCUGACCAAGGUAGACUGCAGUGGAAUAGGGUCGCACAUUGUUCCCGUGCCAAUCCCAUUAGAUACCUCCUACCUGGACCUGUCUUCCAACAAACUGGAAACCAUCAAUGAAUCAUUGCUUAGUGGCCCAGGUUACACAACAUUGGUUAGCCUUGACCUUAGCUAUAAUAAAAUUGCCAAGAUCUCUUCCACUACCUUCUCCAGGCUCAGAUAUCUGGAGUCUUUGGAUCUGAGUCAUAACUCUUUGGAAGUCCUUCCAGAAGAGUGCUUCUCCAGUUCACCAUUGGGGGACGUAGAUUUGAGCAGCAACAGCCUCUUGGAAAUAACAAUGGAUGUCUUUGCUUCCAAAGGUCAGGGAAAACCCAUGAACGUAGAUCUAUCUAACAACGUGAUACGCAGAGUUGCGAGACAUCGCAACAGAAACAUUCCCAACAUCCAGAGCUUAAAUCUUUCUGGAAACAAACUAACUACCGUGCCAAAUCUUCAAGGGAUUCCUCUCCGAUACUUAAACCUGGAUGGGAACCCGUUGGCCAAGAUCGAGAAAGGAGCCUUGGUGGGGCUGAAGGAUUUAAUCCAUUUGUCUCUCAGCAGUCUGCCUGACUUCAGAGAGAUCUCUCCCUACAGCUUCAAAGAACUGCCAGCCCUCCAGGUACUUGACUUAUCCAGCAAUCCCAGUCUUAAGUUGUUGAGUGCUGAAGUUGUCUUUGGUUUAAACUCCCUGCAAGAACUCAACCUCUCUAGUACAGGUGUACCAUCUUUGCCAAAGACUGUGCUAAAAUACUUACCGUCCAUCAAAAGCAUCACCUUGGGAAAGAAUGUGCAGUGUUUUAAGACAAUUAAAGAAGGGCAGUACCACCGACAAAUGGGGCACACCAAAAAAGAGGUCCUCAGUUGUCACGACAGCAAUGGGUCUGUAGCGGCAGCACCCUAUGUUUUGUGAUGACAGUUGGAGCGGGUGGGAGUGGAGGGGAUUAUACAGCUGCCCGGACAGAAAUGGGCUGCAGUGUGCCUUUUGUAAAAUUGUCAAUAAUUUAUAUAUUUGUAUAUGCCAAUACUUGAUUGCGUGUGUGUUUUAUAAACUCUGUAUUACUGGCCACCAUUUUCUUCCACAGUCAUUUGCAACUUCUUGAUUCCUUCAAGCCAUUUUCACAUCAUGCAUCCAGCUCAGGAGUUCAAGAAUAGCAUUUUACUGUGAAAGGGGACCAAGCAAUGUCGCUAUUCUGGACUUUUAAUAGGGGGAACAAAUGCAUUCGGACCAAUUGUACUCGCAGCCCUCUCUGGUGCACAUCAAAAACACGUGAACUCUGCAGUCAUUUACUUGCAAAUCCAUGUUUCAUCUCCUUUCUUUUUUUUUUUAUUCCUCAAGAAGUGCCUUCCAGAUGUUGCCUUCAUUAGCAGAGCCUUGCUCAUUUGUCAUGCACUUUCGGUCUGAAGAAACCUUUUGGGACACAUGUGAGCAAAGGGUGCUGCUAAUGUUUUUAAAUGCUGUUUGCAUAGAAGUGCAAUGAACACUGGGUAACUGGGGACCAUAUUUUCCCCUCUGUCUUUCUGAUUGCAUUGGAGCCUCCACUGAGAAGCUGUCGGGAUGCAGAUGUGUCCUUGAUCUUCCUGGAGACAAAAUGUUCAGAUCUAGCCCUGUGUCUAUGCCGCUCUUGCUAUUCUUGCAGGCUCCUGCCUCUCACUGUCCUCUGUAUAUAGCAGGGUGGGUCUGCCUCCAAUAAAGAGCAAAUGGUCUGGGAGCUCAGCUCCCAGAGGGGCAAAGGAGUGUGAGCUGUGAAGCAGAGGGAGCAUGUAAACUAGAUUUGAAACCUUUUUCAAGGAAUCUUAACUACCUUAUCAAUCAGAGACAGGAACCCAAAGGACUGAGCCAAGAAACUUUUGUUCCUCCUCUGCCUUCCCCUGCCUGGGGAGAACUUGUGCAGCACAGCUGGGCCUUGUGAAGGCAGUUUCAUGCUAGAAAAUAUUUGCCUACCAAAUGCAGUGCGGGAAGGGAGGAGAGAGGCUCCAGCCCCAGUGCCUGGGGUGACAUGUGCCAGCUCUCCAGCAGCCCAGGGCAGUGCAACACUUGCUGCUCUGUGCUGAUUGUUCCUUCCCCACCUUGGCAGCUAAUGAAUCUCUGUUUAAGCCCUUGCCUGUAGAGCAUGCAAAAGCGCAUAGCCACAUCCCUCUUCCCUUGGUUCCCUGCCUGAUGAGCAUGGCAAUAGAGAGAAACCACAGAGCAAAAACAAAAACCAAUUUAGGGAAGUGGGUAGUAAUGGCUGGCACAGGAAGGGGGGAACAAUGUGGAGGACGUGGGGGCAAGGCCACUUGCAAAAAAUAAAUGGGGAAAGCUCCUGUUCCAUUGAGCCCAGUGGGGAAUUUGGUAUCAGUCCCCAAAGGGAGGGACUGAGGCAGUCAGCCUGGCUGUGACAACCCCAUCGGUGGAGGUGUCUCCUUCCCCCCUGUCUGAAUUUGGUCCACUGUCUCUAGGUAGGGGAGGGGAGGAAGGGAGAAACCAUGCAAGGCAGCAUCAGCUCUCAGCUGUAUUAGGCUAUGGUCUUGUAGGAGUAAUUGCAGCCGUGUAACCAAGGUGUUUCCAGACUAACUAGAGGAGAAAAAGGGCAAGGUUUACCAUGCAUUAGCUGCUAGCGAACACAGUGUUAUCCCAUGGUAAGGGAAAGCUACCCCUGUGGUUAAUAUAACUCCCUUUCCGUAAGCAACCUUUUCCUUCGUGGUUUCUCUGCACCGACCCAAGCUGCCUUUUUAACCAGCUUAAGUUGGUGUGUCCGGUCAUUUCUGUUUAAACCUUUUUUUUUUUUUUUUAGUUUAGUUUAAGUUGGGAAGUGAGAAACUAAACUGCUCUAAGCCACUGUUUAAACCCAAAUGGGUACGUCUGCCUGGCUGUUCGCAUCAUCGCCCCUAUUGGUUCAGUUGACCGAUGUGUAGACAGCGCCAAGGUUUAGUGGCGUCAGAGUUAUCCCAGACUUGAGCAGGUGGAAGAGGGAUGAAAUCAGGCUCAUCUCAUACACCGGCACUGAGAAUGGCAGCCCACAAUAUGGGGUGAUAGGAAAUGCAGGGGCAGAGUCUCCAGGGAAUCGGGACAAAAGCAGCAUCCCCUGGAAGUUGGGGCAGGGGGGAAGGUCAUACGGAGUAGGUCAGGAUGCACCUGGCUAUAUCCAUAACUGCUGAAUAUAUUCUGAUCUGCCGAGUAGAAGAAGGAUGACAAAUCAAAGGUGCUUUGCAAUGGAAACCCACAUCAUGGAUCCCAGGAAGAGCAACAUCUUCCUGCUUUCAUCCUCCAGAGUAUUUUACUGCCGGAAAUUACAGCUGCCUCCAACCCGUUCUCUGUGGGAAUGGUAGACAAUUGAGCAAAUCCAAGCCAGCUGUUGUCUAAGAGGGGCCGAUUCACAGCUGUAGUUUUAUCUCAGCUCUGGAUCCAGCAUUGGCUUUCCAAAUAUUUCCCAGCAAGAGUUUCGCUCGUUCUAGUACUAAGCGGCUCGGUCCUCUCAUAUCGAAUGACAACCAUUUCUGGUUGAUUUUCCCAUUUGCUGAGCCUUUUCAUUGCUCAGCUGGCCUUCAGGGUCAUGAGAAACCUGUAGAUUUUCUUAAAAAGGCAACAACAUUGUCUCGGGCAGAGGAUGCCAAUCUACAAGCCUUCAGGAGGGGAAAUGAUGGACAAAGAGUCGUGCUGAGUUGUCCUGUCUUUCUAAUGGAGCUUGCCUUUUUAAGAUAAUUUUUCUGCUGGCAGAAAAUUUAAUUUUUUUUUAAUUGUUUAAUUUUAUAAUUGUGUACUUAGGUGGAAUGUUAGGGGAAUAAUAAAGGGCGACAGGAGGUCGGGCCCUUGUACCACUGUGGUAAAUCUGUAAUGCCCAAUGUGACAAUCCAAUUGAAGACUGCAAGAUGAGCUCUUGUAAUCUCAUGCUAGCUGCUAGUUAAAUAAGUCUCAGCAAGGGCUGGUGAAGACCUUCUCUGUAUCUUUUUUUUUUUUCUUUCUUUGUAAGAAUCUCUGCAGCGUUGUAAUGCUUGACGAUUAUUUCACAAUAUAAUAAAGUGAUUCAGAGAAGAAUGAA